CCCCUCUCCCAGGUUCGGCACAUCCUGUGCGAAAAGCACGGCAGAGCCAUGGAGGCCAUGGAGAAGCUCAAGCCCGGCUUCAGCGAAGUGGCGUCGCAGUACAGCGAGGACAAGGCCAGGCAAGGGGGAGACUUGGGCUGGAUGACCAGAGGCUCCAUGGUGGGACCUUUCCAGGAGGCAGCGUUCGCCUUGCCCGUCAGCAGCAUGGACAAGCCAGUGUAUACAGACCCUCCGGUCAAAACAAAGUUCGGGUACCACAUUAUCAUGGUGGAAGGCAGAAAAUAAAAUGUGAAUGACCA